AUGUCUGAUCAGGUACUACUACUACCACGGACGACGUUCCGCCCGCCCUCGCCGCAGGGCCGGAGGAGGCCGGGACGGAGACUUAAUCCGAUAAUGGAGGAGGAGCCGGAGCAAAUACGCAACUCGUUUGCGGCACCACCACAAACACAAACAACAACGGCCACAUCAACAAGGAGGCGGAGUAACAGCAGGUUAUCCCUCGAGCACCACGACAAGAUCGAGCAGUGGCUGUCCCCCAUGAGCGACCACUUCCCGACCCCGCGCGGCCAGCACUUCCUCGCGGCCCCGAUCUUCCCCGCCACGCCGUCGUGUGUAUCGAGCGAUACUGAGCCGGAGCCAGAGCUCGAACAUGAAGACGAUGACGCCAGCUCGCAGGCGUCUUCAUCCAACCCGUCUGUGCAGUGGCACAACCAGCGCCGCGGCAGCGCUAACAGCCACCGCGACAGCAUCAUGACAGACGUCACCGAGUUUGAUGACCUGUACGACGUCUCCGACAACGACACCGAGGAAACAGACGAGGAAGAAACCUCCCGCAAACAACGCCUCCAAGCAAACGGUAUCACCCGCAACCGCAGCGGCACCUCCCGCUCUCUCCGCCGCAACCCCUCCUCCACCUCUUCUUCCUCUUCCACCACAAACACCUCCCCCGCAGCCCGAGGCGCCUCCCGCGAGCUACGCAGGUCGUUAGCUCCCCUCGUAAUCCCAGAAGAAGCCACAGCAGCAGCAGCAGCAGCAGCAGCAGCAAAGAAAAAGAUGAACCUCCUCUCCCCCGUCCCGCCCACGCCCCCCUCCGCCGUCGCCAUGAGCCCCGCGGUCAAAAAUUUCAUGGCGCGCCACCAGGCGCAGGCUAUCCCGCGGGUGUCGGCGCCGCCGUCGUUGGAUGGGAGCGCAAUGUCUGAGUCGGAGGAUGGGGAGGGUGAUGAUGAAGGGGAGAUGGCGCAGAUGUCGGCGCCGCCGACGCCGUUGAUUGGGGCGCAGGCUGAUAGCCCUGACGAGGCGGAGAAUCAUCAGAACGAGGAGGUGAUGGAAUGGGGUGGGGUGCAUUUACAGCCGGGGGCGUUGGAGACGUUGCAGGCUUUGGCGGGGAAUGGGGAGGAUUAUGAGGGUGGUGGGUUGGAAGGGGAACAGGCGCAAAUUAUUGAGGUGGUGAUGCCGGCGAUGUCGAGGGGGGUGGAGAUGGCGCAGGCGAGUCCGAGGUUGCCGCGGUUGAUGGGUCAUUCGCAUGGUCAUAGUCGGGGGAGCAGUGGGAGUGGACUGGGUCUGCUGGCGCGUGGUACUUCAUCGGCGUCGUCGGCCUCGAAGAAGGACAGAAACUCGCUCGCCGAUUUGACCAGGCUGGAGAUCCCCUCGCCGGGGGGGUUCUUCUCCGAGUUAUCGUCGGCUAGUCGACGGACGUGGAACAGCCAGACUUCGUCCCUGGCCUUGGGGGGGAACAACCCCCCGACGUCGACUACCGCCGAGAACUUUUACAAAAUCCCCUGGAACCGGACGACAGAAAAAGUCCCCCCGCCUCCGCCGCGUCCGCUGCAUCUUGAUGAUUUGCCGUCGGCUAUUGUUGAGCGGGUGAUCGAGAUGCCGUCGCGGAAUGAGGCUAGCGAGGACUUGCCGACUGCUAUUCGGGUUGUUGAGACGCCCGUGCCGAUUACGGCGCGCCGGGUGCCGCUUACUCCGGGGCUGCCGCAGGAGUCUCAACAGCAGGAGUCCCAGCAAAACCAGGGCCAGGGCCAGGUUGAUGGGGAGCAGCAACCGUUGUCGCCGGUGGAUGUCAACGAGAUCAUUGACGAGUAUCGCCGCCAUGAGUUUGCGACGGCCAAGCAGCUGGAGGAGACGGCGCUGUCGCAUCUGGAUCGCACGCAGAUGUGGUUGACGGCGCAGAGGGCGUAUUUGCAGGGGGUGGUUGGGUUUUCGGAGGAGGUUUCUACCGAUUCGGGGGUGGAGGAACAAGAGAAGCCGGUCGAUGGUGAGGUUGAGGGUGAGGUUGAGGUUGAAGCGGAGAUGGACAAGACGACGCCCGAGAUCCCCGUCUCCGUCUCCGUCAUGACCACUCCUGAGAUCCCCGCCGAGCAGACUGCUGUGGCCACCACCAAGAAAGCCGUCCGCUUCUCCGAGGUUGUCCAAAAGCAGUCCAUCCCCCGCUCGCUCCCCUCCAAACUCAUCCGCCAAGAAUCCGCCUACUAUCGCGCCUUCACUGACUACCUGAUCCGCGCCUGCGCCUCUGACGUCUUCAUCCACCGCCAACCGCGCUUCGAAGCCCUCCAGGCCCAGCGCGCCUGUCUGCGCGACACCCACCGCAGUCAGCUGCUCGGCAAGUUCCAGCUGUCGGUCGUCCCGCAGUCGGCUAAGAAGCGCAUGAGCACCAAUGUCGUGCGCGGGGAUGAUGUCGUGGUUGACGACGCCCCUGAGAAACUCCGCGCGGAUAGGGAAGCUGAGGCGCUGGCGCAGAUGCAUCUCGCGACCUGGCAUGUGGCUGCGACUAAGCUCCUCAACGGGGGCAAACUCAUCUCCGCCCCCGUAGCCAAGCGCCUCCUCGCUCGUCAAAGCUACACCCCCAACUCUGGCUCUAGCAGUGGCACCUCCCGGUCAGACCGCCCGCGCAUCCUCGACCUCGGCGGCCAAGGCGCCUGCGACUGGGCCUGGCACGCAGCCCUGCAAUACCCCAACGCCAAAGUCUACACCCUCACCACGAAAGCCAUCCGCCAACUCAGCAACAGCAACAUCCGCGGCCCCCCGAACCACCGCAACGUCGCCGUCUCUUCCCUCGCCCACCCUCUCCCCUUCGCCGACGCCCACUUCGAUCUCGUCUCCGCCCGCGAACUGCACUCCCUGCUCAAAGUCACCGGCGAGAAUGGAGUCGACGAAUGGGAUGCCGUGUUGAGGGAGUGUAUGCGGGUGUUGAAGCCCGGCGGGUAUCUGGAGUUUGGGCUGUUGGAUGCGGAUAUUAUGAAUGCGGGUCCGUUGGGGAAUGCGAAGGCCGUGGAGUUUGGGUUUGCGCUGCAGACGUUGGGGUAUGAUCCGAAUCCCACGAAGGGGUUUUUGGGACGGCUGCAGGGGGCCGGGUUUGAGGGGGUUAGGAGGGCGUGGGUGUGUUUGCCUGUUGGGCCGAAACGCCCGCCGAGGACGCCGCGUACUGCCCCUAUUCCCACUUCUACUCCUGCUCCUGCUACUUCCACUUCCACCUCCGCCCCCAACCGCCCCAUCUCAACCGCCUCAGCAUCCACAACCCCCCGCACCCACCGCCUCUCCGCCCUCGUAACAGGCUCCACAGAGCCCAUCGCCCCCAUCACAGGCCUCGCCGCAAGCUGGAGCUGGGAGCGCUGGCUUCUCCGCGCCGAGAUGGAGCGAGCAGCCGGUCAACUCCGCCUCGGAUUCAUGACAAAGGGCGCCGGGAAGAUGAGUGCUGAUGUGCAUGCUGUUGUGGAGGAGGGACGCGGGAUGGGGUCCGCUUUUAGGAUGUUGAGGGGGUACGCGAGGAAGCCGAUUGAUACCUCCUCCUCCUCCUCCUCCUCCUCCUCCUCGAAGGUGCCGGUGAAGCAGGUCCCGACGGUCAACCCGCAUAACGCCCCAACGGGUCAGCAUGGCUCGAUUCGGAUUUGCUUGGAUACUAUGUCUUUGGUGUGA